AUGGGUAAGGAAGAGAAGAACCACAUCAACGUCGUCGUUAUCGGCCACGGCAAGGGUUCCUUCAAGUACGCGUGGGUUCUUGACAAGCUCAAGGCCGAGCGUGAGCGUGGUAUCACCAUCGACAUUGCCCUCUGGAAGUUCGAGACUCCCAAGUACUAUGUCACCGUCAUUGACGCUCCCGGUCACCGUGACUUCAUCAAGAACAUGAUUACCGGUACCUCCCAGGCCGACUGCGCUAUUCUCAUUAUCGCUGCCGGUGUUGGUGAGUUCGAGGCUGGUAUCUCCAAGGAUGGCCAGACCCGUGAGCACGCCCUUCUCGCCUACACCCUGGGUGUUAAGCAGCUCAUCGUCGCCAUCAACAAGAUGGACACCACCAAGUGGUCCGAGGCCCGCUUCGAGGAGAUCAUCAAGGAGACCUCCGGUUUCAUCAAGAAGGUCGGCUACAACCCCAAGACCGUUGCCUUCGUCCCCAUCUCCGGCUUCCACGGCGACAACAUGCUUGCCCCCACCACCAACGCUCCCUGGUACAAGGGCUGGGAGAAGGAGACCAAGGCUGGCAAGUCCACCGGCAAGACCCUUCUUGAGGCCAUUGACGCCAUCGAGACCCCCAAGCGUCCCACCGACAAGCCCCUCCGUCUUCCCCUCCAGGAUGUCUACAAGAUCGGUGGUAUUGGAACUGUGCCCGUCGGCCGUAUCGAGACUGGUGUCCUCAAGCCCGGCAUGGUCGUCACCUUCGCCCCUGCCAACGUCACCACUGAAGUCAAGUCCGUUGAGAUGCACCACGAGCAGCUUACCGAGGGUCUCCCCGGUGACAACGUUGGUUUCAACGUGAAGAACGUCUCCGUCAAGGAUAUCCGCCGUGGCAACGUCGCCGGUGACUCCAAGAACGACCCCCCUCUGGGUGCCGCUUCCUUCAACGCCCAGGUCAUCGUCCUUAACCACCCCGGUCAGGUCGGUGCUGGAUACGCCCCUGUUCUCGACUGCCACACUGCCCACAUUGCCUGCAAGUUCUCCGAGAUCCUCGAGAAGAUUGACAGACGUACCGGCAAGUCUGUUGAGAACAACCCCAAGUUCAUCAAGUCUGGUGACGCCGCCAUCGUCAAGAUGGUUCCCUCCAAGCCCAUGUGCGUUGAGGCCUUCACCGACUACCCCCCUCUGGGACGUUUCGCCGUCCGUGAUAUGCGCCAGACCGUCGCCGUCGGUGUCAUCAAGUCCGUCGACAAGUCCGCUGGCACCGCUGGCAAGGUCACCAAGUCCGCUGCCAAGGCUGGCAAGAAAUAA